UCCAGGGGGCGUUACCGAGCAGCAGGCAGCCAGCCAGGUGGUAAGCUCCUACACACACUCUACUGGGGGAGCAGGAGAGGCGCGCGCUCAGGCAGCGCGAGUCAACCAGGUCGGAUUCAACACAGAAAGGGGGAAGAAGAAGAAGAACGGAAAAAAACUCUGAACGCUUUAUGUUCUAUCUUGAUGUGGUCUGGAAAGUGAGGGGCGAGCGGAGCGGCCAGCCGGUUACGCUCUGCGAUGACAGCGUGUGUUUGUUGGCGGGAUGGGAUGAGGAGAGGAGAGGGAGCUUCACUUGCACACGUCGCCUCGCUGGUUUGUGCAGAGGACACUUAAUUGCUCCAGUUGAAGACAAUUAAGCAGCAGCAGCAGCAGCAGCAGCAGCAUCAUUGGAAGGCGAAGGUAGAGUGUCUGUGUGUUCAACUUUGAAAGAAAGCUCUCUGUGGUGCCGGAGCAGCCGGUGGAUGUUGCGCCAUGGAGAUAAAGACGAGACUUCGUGCCAUGCUUAUGUUCUUAUGGAUUUUUCAAGGUGACACCAGGAAGUUGGAGAUCCCCAGAGGAGAGAUGGAGGCGGUCAGGGGCCAGAUGGUGGUGUUACACGCAUGGUACAGCCCCAACUCGGAUGUUUCCAAAAAUCCUGUCGUUUGGCACUUCACGGGUAAAGAAACCAAGCAGGUGAUAAGCUUUAGCUCAGGCGAGGUCGGUUAUGGCCAGAACGAGUUCACCAAAAGAGUGGGCUUCAGCGCGGCCAUGCCCUCAGCCAACCUGUCCAUCUACAUCAACAACACCCAGGAGUCUGACUCUGGGGCCUACUUAUGCACUGUCAUCAUCCCUGGAAGUCCUGUCCUUUUGGGUAACAUACACCUUAAUGUCAAAGUCCCUCCUUCUCCCCCAGUGUGCACAAUGACAGGGAACCCAGUGGUGAAGGGCAACGUGACACUGAGCUGUAGGUCCAGUCAUGGAAAACCCGUCCCUCAGUACAAAUGGACCAAGUCGGCACCUAUGUCUGAGGUCUUCUUCUCCCCAAUGCAGAAUGAGAGGCACGGAACCCUCAGGCUGAGCAACCUCACUAAAAGCAUGUCGGGGAAGUACAUCUGCCGAGCCAGCAACACUGCCGGCUCAGACAGCUGCUCCAUUAACCUGGAGGUUAUCACCUCUUCCAAUGCAGGCAUGAUUGCAGCAGCUACGCUGGGGUCAAUAGUGGGACUAGUGGCCAUGGUGCUCUUCCUCAUAUUCAUACUGAGAAGAAGGAGGGACACUGAGGAGGAGAUGGCCAACGAGAUCAAGGAGGAUGCUCAGGCACCAAAGCGAGUGUCAUGGGCAAAGAGUAACACCGGCUCAGACAUUGUAUCCAAGAACGGCACGCUGUCCUCCAUAGCCACCAGUCCUCGACCCCGAGACCCGCCAAACUACCACUACCCGUACUCCCCAACAUCAACUUCAGACGCUGGCUCGGUGAUCAAUGCCUACCAGCUGCGACCUGGAGAAGCCAGUACGCUACAGGGACUUCCCGGUUACAACAUCGGUGGCACCCCGUCACGCAAACACAAGCGACCUCCCAGCACAAACUGUGCCCCUCCGCAGCUUCUAAGGGGCUCUGUGGUCUCAAUACCCAACAGGACUGAAGGGGCUCAGCCUCAGGUGCCGCCUCCACCCACUGUGUCCCCACAAAUGAGCUCCUCCACUCUGACGCGCAUGGGAGCUGUAGCUGUCAUGGUGCCUGCUCAGAGCCAAGCCGGCUCCCUGGUGUAGGCCGGCAGAGGGACCGUGGUUACGGAUGGAGAGAAAGUAUGCCUUGCAAUGGAAAUCACCUUCUCCACGAAGACCUGAAAGCUUGGUCUCCCUUUGGCUCGUUCAUUUCAGUUUCUUUUUUAAAAAGAUUUUUAUUUACACUCUUAUAAAGAGAUCUUCAAAAUGGAAUCCAAUAGCGUUAGGAUUUUUAGGCAGUAUACAAUGUAAGACCAAGGAUUUCAAGAGUUGUUACCCUAUUACAGUGUCUGGAUACUGUAAACCAUUAGAGGUUAAAGCUUUGCAGUUCUUUCAAAAUAUGUUUUGACUACAUUUGUAUUUAUAACUAAUUAUUUAUAUAUAUAAAAAAUUAUGAUUUAAUUUGUAAAGCUGUUUAAGGACAUUUUUCAGUCACUUGUCUCAGGCUAACUGCACUAGUUCAAAAUCCAAUUCAGGUAUUCAACUUGAUCUUUCUCACUUUCUUUUACCCACAUUUACUUGUGUUCACGUAAAGGGUUGUUUUAUUUAACCUGCUGUAACCACGUCGGUGUGGUUCCAUGACACCAAUGUCUGCUGAGAGAACUUUUCUGAGUAUAUUGCCUGUCAUGGUAGUUGGAGUGUAACCAAAAUAGUGAGUACAUGUUGAAAGUUGGUGGUUUCUUAAUAUUUUGUUCAAAGGUGCUUGGUAUAACUUGUAUAUCAUACAAUUACUGCAACCAUCCAUUAGUGGAGAAGAUAAUAGACCAACCUUCCAGCUGAAGGUCUUGUUGGUUUUUUUUUAAAGCUACUGAACUUUGGAAAUAAUGUGGCAGUGGAGUUUAUAGUGAAAGGCUACAUGUAGCACUUUUAAAGCAGUUUUGAUUAUUCAUUUUUUUCAAUAAAGUGUUGUGCAGUG